AUGUCAUCAGAAAAGAAAGAUUUUGUAGAUAGUACUUUUAGAAAGAAAUGGGAUAGAGAGUAUUAUGAACAGAGAGCUAGGGAUAGAGAAGCUGGUUUGAUUGCCGACACCGAUGCUACAGCUCAGCAGACAAAGAAACAAGUGACUGCACCAUCGGUAGAGUCACUCGGUAGUCUCGAAGCAAGAACUGAAGAUUUGAACUUAAUGCAGAGACUUGGAAAGGUUACUGUUGUCAAUGGUGUAACACCUAGUUCUGAACAAGGUGGAUUGUACUGUGAGAAAUGUGAUGUACUACUGAAAGAUUCUGUAUCGAUGCUUGAUCAUUAUAAUAGUAAGAAACGUAUGUAUUCUCUAUGA